GCGCUGCUGGAGGCAGCUCACUCAGCGGCGGUGCAGUUGGGCGACGAACCGUUGGACGCCGGCCUCACAGCGGCAGAAGUUCUUCAAGACCCGUCUGCCUGUGCGACAGCCGCGCGCUGGAAGGCCGGCUCGGUGGCCAGGCGGGUGACCGCCGCCCUGGCCAAACUCACCACUUCGUUGCCUACGUGGACGAGCCAAACUUUGCGGCCUGUGGGUGGACUUCAACCAGUGCGCCCCCGUCCGCUUACUCGGGUCUCAGUGGGACCCGCUCGGCCCUCCGCUGCAGAGCUGCUGAGGGCUUGGCUGCCUUUGACAAGGUGGAGAACGUGGCUGGUUUUGGUACUGGUCCUGCUCUUCCCUCGCGUGGUGGCUUUGCUCAUAGCUUUGGUGGUGCGGCUGUGCAUCCGUGGUCUGGUGGCAAUCUGCCUCCACCUGGGCCGUGAGCUUUUCAGCCAACUUACUGCUGCAGCGGCCGAAGUCGAGGACUCUCUGGUGCUGUGGCUUUCGGAGUUGCUCCUCGGCAGCCACAGUCCGCCGCAGCCGCCGUUGCUUUUGACAGACGGAGCACCGCCGCCGGCACCACCGCCAGCUACAGGAAGCCUAACAACUGCCCUCCCUGCCCGACCCUUCGACCUCGUGACCCUCGUGAGGCUAAAGUUCUUCUUUGCGGGCAUGCUUGUGUAUGCCCGGGACGGCCGGACGGCAGAGCUG